GAAGGAAACAAAGCAAAUUAAGCUGCCUCUUCCAAAUCUCAAGUACGUGAUAAGAUGAUAAGGUCUCGGCUGCAAAAUACUAAAGCCUUCUCUCUCUUACCAAAAUCUUCCAUCCACAACACCGAUUAUCUGAGGACGAGCCAUUGCAGCCCCUCCUUCAUCAACAUCCUUCCACGCCAUCAUGUCCAUAAACAAAACUACUCCAUGGUGAUCCGUGCCACUUCUAGUAAGUUCAGGCCUUCAUCAGAAGCUACUUCAAAAGAGAAUGAGGCACUUACCAUAAAGGCUGUGGUUAAAGUCCAGGUAACAGCUGGUGGCUUCAUCUCCACCAUUGGAUUGACUCGGCCCCUCGUUGACUUCACCGAUUUGGGCGGAAAAACCUUACUUUUGGAGCUUGUUAGCACCCAGCUUGACCCCAAGACGGGGUUGGAGAAGGAGACAAUCAAGGGGUAUGCGAAUAAAGCGAGUCAAAAAGAUGACGAGGUGAUAUAUGAGAGUAGUUUCAGCAUCCCAGCAGAUUUUGGAGAGGUUGGAGCAGUUGAGGUGGAGAAUGAAUACCACAAGGAGAUCUUCAUCAAGAGCAUACACCUCCACGGCUUCCCAAAUGGCUCUGUUAAUGUUCCAUGCAAUUCAUGGACUCAUUCCAAGUUUGACAACCCACAGAAGAGAAUCUUUUUCACCAACAAGUCUUACAUACCAUCAGAGACACCAAGUGGCUUGAAGAGGAUAAGAGAAAUGGAGCUGGAAAAUUUAAGAGGAAAUGGGGAGGGUGAAAGAAAACCAUUCGAUAGGAUUUACGAUUAUGACACCUAUAAUGAUCUUGGAGAUCCAGAUAGCAACAAUGAACUGGCUAGGCCUGUCCUUGGCAGCAAACAACACCCAUACCCUAGGCGUUGCAGAACAGGACGACCACGCUCCAAAAAGGACCGCUUAUCGGAAGAAAGAAGCAGCAGUGUGUAUGUACCAAGAGACGAAGCCUUUGCAGAGGUCAAACAACUCACAUUCUCGGAGAAGACCCUGAAAUCUGCCCUGGCUGCAGUGCCCUCUCAGCUUCAGACAGCACUUGCUAAUCCAGAUCAAGGAUUUCCAUACUUCACAGCCAUAGAUUCACUGUUUAAUGAAAGAGUCAAAUUGCCUGAGCCAAAAACUGGUGAGGGUUUACAGAAAAUCAUCCCAAGGAUAGUCAAGACUAUUACUGGUGGGCAAGACAAUCCUUUGCUCUUCGAGACCCCCGAAAUAAUUGAUCGUGACAGAUUUUCUUGGUCUAGAGAUGCAGAAUUUUCUCGGCAGACUCUAGCUGGUCUUAAUCCAUAUAGUAUAGAACUUGUUACGGAAUGGCCAUUGAAAAGUAAACUUGACCCUGGGAUUUAUGGCCCGCCUGAAUCAUUGAUCACAACAGAACUGGUGGAGAAAGAUAUUGGAGGUUGUAUGACUGUGAAUGAGGCCUUGAAAAGAAAGAAGAUGUUCAUUUUGGAUUAUCAUGGUCUUCUCAUGCCUUAUGUGAACAAAGUAAGACAAAUCGAAGGAACUACAUUGUAUGGUUCUCGAACACUAUUCUUCCUCACUGAGGAUGGGAUACUGAAGCCUGUAGCCAUUGAACUUACCCGACCACCCAUUGGUGACAAACCGCAAUGGAAGCAAGUGUUCACCCCAACCUUGGAUGCCACCGGUUGCUGGCUAUGGAUGCUUGCGAAAGCCCAUGUUUGUGCUCAUGAUGCUGGCCUUCAUCAGCUUGUCAAUCAUUGGCUGAGGACUCAUUGUUGUGCAGAGCCAUACAUAAUUGCAGCUAAUCGACAAUUAAGUGUUAUACAUCCCGUCUAUAGACUUUUACAUCCACAUUUUCGGUAUACGAUGGAAAUCAAUGCUCUCGCUCGAGAAAUCCUCAUUAAUGCUGGUGGGAUCGUUGAGAGCAACUUCUCACCAGCAAAGUACUGCUUUGAGCUCAGUUCUGCUGCUUACGACCAGCUCUGGCGCUUUGAUAUGGAAGCAUUGCCAACAGAUCUGAUCAGAAGGGGAAUGGCAGUUGAGGAUCCUACAGCUGAGCAUGGCCUGAAGCUAACAAUUGAAGACUACCCAUUUGCAAAUGAUGGUCUCAUUCUUUGGGAUGCCAUUAAGGAGUGGGUGAGUGACUAUGUGAAGCACUACUAUCCAGAUCCAACUCUUGUUGAGUCUGAUAAGGAGCUUCAAGGUUGGUGGACAGAAGUUAGAACAAAAGGCCAUGCAGACAAGAAAGAUGAGCCAUGGUGGCCUGUUUUGAAAACCCCAGAAAAUCUUAUCCACAUUUUGACAACCAUAAUUUGGGUAACAGCUGGACAUCAUGCAGCUGUGAACUUUGGACAGUAUACGUAUGGUGGAUACUUCCCAAACAAGCCUACAAUUGCUCGAACCAACAUGCCAACAGAAGAUCCAUCUGAUGAGGCUUUCAAUAAUUUUUUGAAGAGACCAGAAAUGACACUGCUAAACUGCUACCCAUCACAGAUUCAAGCAACCCAAAUGAUGGUUGUGAUGGAUGUGCUAUCGAAUCAUUCACCUGAUGAGGAGUAUCUUAGUGAGAAACUUGAGUCAUCCUGGGCUGAAAAUCCUGUGAUAAAAGCUGCAUUCGAGCGGUUCAAUGGUAAUUUGAAGAAGCUAGAAGGAAUAAUUGAUGAGAGGAAUACCAACUUGAACCUGAAAAACAGAGUUGGAGCAGGAGUUGUUCCAUAUGAGCUUUUGAAGCCAUUCUCGACCCCCGGGGUCACGGGAAUGGGUGUUCCUAACAGCAUCUCCAUCUAGAUUUGAUCAGUGGUGGAGCCAAAAACUUUUGCCAGUGUGUCAUCUUACAUAAUCGAAGCUAAACUUUUCCCAGUGUAUCGCCUUACAUA